GAAGCCAAUAAAGCAGGCGAAGGCGGAGAAGGUAGAAAGCAUACGGCGUUCGGAUUGUUUUGGAUGCUGUGGUCGGCCUGGUUACAAGCUUUGGAUUGCGACUGCUUUUGAAGUUCAGUCAUUAAAAUGCGUUCUGACUCGGUUCAAGAUAGACAUCGACCUGGAGUACUGAAACAAGAGAAUAAAGCUCAUAAGUCUGGCAGACAUAGGAGUAAAGGCGCCAUUAGUAAUGCUGCGAAAGCCCAUGGAAAUGGUGCAGCAGCUGUAAGGUUGGAUGCAGAUAGUAUACUCAGUCACUGNGACGAAGCAGUUAUUACGCAUAGUCGUGAAGGAUAUGUGCAUAUAAGCUCUCCUAUGUUCAAGCAACGAUUCUCAGUAAUGAUGGCAUUACCUGGAGGUAUGACUGGCACUUUGGAUGCAUUAAAGGUGGCUGAUACAGCCCUCUUCCUGUUAUCAGCACGUCAUCCUGAUGGUAUUGAUGCAGUUGGAGAAAAAAUACUGGUCUCUUCUCUGGCACAAGGUCUGCCAUCCACCAUUAUGGCCGUUACUGAAUUGGACUACCUGUCGGUCUGGGAGCAGCGUAAAAGAAUGCGGCGCCUACAAAAGGCGGUAUCAUUGUGGUUGCCUGAUGAAAAAAUUAUGAUUUUAACCCGAUUCGGUGAUGGACUGCCCAUUCUUCGUCGUGCAGGAAGUCAGAAGCAGCACGAUAUUAAAUAUCGCAAUAUGCGACCAUAUAUUUUGGCAGAAUCUGUUCAGUAUAGUCCAGAUAAUCAGGGCUUCGAAGGUACUUUGAAAGUGACGGGCUAUGUUCGAGGUCGGCCUCUAUCUGUCAAUUCUCUUAUACAUAUCACAGGCUGGGGAGAUUUUCAGAUGUCUCAAAUUGAUGCCCCAGAUGAUCCACAUCCAUUGGAGAAAAGAACUAAUGGAAAUAGAAAGGAAGCCUAUGAAGGGUCAGGAAAUGAUAAGAUGGAAGAAGAUGUAAGGAUCUUGGAAGUAGCAGAGCCUGGAAAACAGGAGUCACUUCAAAGUGAAUACAUCCCAGAUCCAAUGGAUUGUGAACAGACUUGGCCUACCGGGAUGGAAUUUAUAGAAGUUGAUGGAGGAACCAGACUUGCAAAGCGUAAAAUACAGAAGGUACCAGAGGGAAUGUCAAAUUACCAGGCUGCUUGGAUACCUGAUAGUGAUGCAGAGGAAGUUGAUAUCAGUGAAGAUAAGGAGGAUGGUAUGAAAACAGACAUGGAUGAGUUGAGUGAAGAGAGCAGCUCUGAAGGAGAACAUGAUGAAGAAGGAGAAAGUGAUGCUAUGACAACUGAUUUUGGUGCUGAGGAUGAACAAUAUGAUGAAAAUAUCGACUUUGCAGAGGAGGAAGAGGCAUUGAAGAAAGUGAAGGAAGCACAAAUGGACAAGCUCUUUCCUGAUGAGCGAGACACUCCAGAAGGUACGGCAGCAAGAAUCCGCUUUCAGAAAUAUCGUGGUCUUAAGUCAUUUAGAACAUCACCAUGGGAUCCCAAAGAAAAUCUUCCGAGUGAUUAUGCAAGAAUAUUCCAGUUUAAGAACUUCGAUCGCACAUGUAAAAGGAUCACGAAGGAGGAAAAUAAGGAAGGAGCUUUGCCUGGUUCAUAUGUCACGAUUCAUGUUAUUGGAGUUCCACAGUAUUUCUUAAAAUCUCGUCGACCAUAUCAAACAAUUGUUCUCUUUGGACUGUUGCCACACGAACAGAAAAUGUCUCUUCUCAACUUCGUUAUUAAGCGACCAAAGGUUAACGGAUAUAACCAGAAGAUAAUCGAAUCAAACGAGGAAUUCGUCUUUCACUGUGGCUACAGAAGAUUUAAAGCUAGGCCUAUUUUUAGUCAACACACUAGUGGUACUAAACAUAAAUAUGAGCGGUUCUUCCAAUCCGAUGCGACUGUAGUAGCAAGUGUUUUUGCUCCAAUUAUGUUCCCACCAGCUCCUGUGUUAGUGUGCAAGGAGAUGAGAUAUGGAAUGCAGGAACUAGUUGCAACAGGACGUCUGCUGUCUGUGAAUCCAGACCGCGUUGUUUUAAAGCGUGUCGUACUGUCAGGGUAUCCAUUUAAAAUUCUGAAAAAUUCUGCAGUUGUCAGAUUCAUGUUCUUCAACCGUGAGGACAUUAAAUGGUUUAUGCCAGUGGAACUGAGAACAAAAUACGGGAGAAGGGGACAUAUUAAAGAACCCUUAGGUACUCAUGGUCAUAUGAAGUGUGUGUUUGAUGGACAGCUGAAAUCUCAAGAUACAGUACUUAUGCAUCUAUACGGUCGUGUAUUUCCAGAGUGGAAAUAUGAACCAUAUGUAACCUCAACAUCAACAAUGUUUGGAUGCUGAAGAUUUUUAAUGAGUAGAGUAUGACAAUAUCUGAUGAUGUACAGACUUUAUACUUGUGUUUGUAAUAAUGUAAUGCUUUGUAACUAAGAAUAUAUCAGAGAACAGAACAUAAUAAAUCAGAGUGCUUGUUUCUGGUUGA